UUGAGACUCUCUUCGAUCUCUUACAAACUCAGAUUCAUUUUGUUGUAACAGAGAAGCUCUACAUAAAUUCUUACAGAGACCCAGAAAAAAAAAAGCAGAUCGAUUAUGUCGGCCUCAAGACCAAUUCUUCCUUUCAAUGGCCUUCCUAUUGGCUCUUCUCUUGAUCGCAGGUACCAUGGUUCAGCUCGGACUCCUAAUCAUCUUUUGGUUGUCUCAAAAGGCAACAUCGGCAGCAGUUUUCUUGGAAAUGGUUUGCGGCUUCUCAACACCGGCCUGACAGGGCUGGUCGUCGGCAAAACAAAGAUGGCUGUCUGCGGCAGUGUUAUACCAGGAUCUCCGCUUCCUCCGCUUCCUUCCGAUCCUUCUCCCGGUUCAUGGAAAGUUUGGAUAUUUGGAAUGAUAGCGACAGUAAUUCUACCAUUCUUGGGGAACAAAUGGGGACCAUUACUGAGACUGAAAAGGGAAGUUGAAACGGCUGCGAAUACAGUAGAAGCAGUAGCAGAGGUCAUAGAAAAGGUGGCUGAGCAAGUGGAUAAGGUAGCAGAAGAGGUCGCCGAUCACCUUCCGGCAGGCGGAAAACUCCAACAAGCUGCGACGCUUAUUGAACAUCUAGCCGAGGAAACGGCCAAGAGUGCCCAUCUUGUUGACGAAGCAAUCGAGAAGGUUGAAGAAAUGGAGAAGCAGGUGGAGUCAUGGAUCGACCCAUUGGCCGAAGAAGCAAAACCUAUGCCUAAAGAAGCAAAUGGUCAAUUACCUGUGCCUAAAGAAGCAAAUCGUCAAUUAUAACAAGGCUAGAAGUACGUAGAAUUAGGGCAGGUUAUGGGAUUUGACUUGUAAUUUUUGUUUUUUUUUUUGGGUUUAUUGUAAAUUUUUUAUUUUUUUAUUUUCUUUUGAUGUUCAUCAAAUUGAACUUCUCUAUAAAAUGUGUAAGUGACUCUUCUGUUUUAAUUGCCUAAGUUAUGUGAA